AUGCCUGGAGUUCCUCGAGAUUUCACUGCCCAAAGCUUUGAAAUAAGACAUCUCGACCCGGCCUACAAGGAGUGUCAACCUUUCUCUUUGCCAAAAAAGACCCCAUCCGUCAAGACUGCAGACAUGCUGACUGACAACAGGAAGCGACAUCGUAGUUGUGACAGUGAGGAGGACCAACAGCUGAGUCCUCAGGCCAAGAGGUCAGGAGGGGGUCCCAGCCUGCUUGUGUCAGAUUUGGACUCAGAGUCUUCCAGCAGUGACAGCAGUAAUGGGAUCAGUAGUCCAGAGAGAGCAAUAGUGGUCACUACCAGGCCAUGCAUACACAGCCAGAACAACUGCAUCAGCCAGUACUCCCUCAGUCCAAAGCUUGAAGACUCUGCCAGCUCCUUGCAGCAUGGUUUCCAUGGCAACGGCAGCAGUGUCUCCUACGACUACAUCAACAGAGUCCUGAGGGAGGCGCACUUCAGCAGUCUGCAGACCAGAGGGCGUCCAGGCUCGACAUGACUGUGACCUCUGACCCCCUCUCCUGACCUUUUGUCCUUCACCCAUCAGUGCAGACACUACUGGCACGGUGGCUCCUCCUUGAAAGGCUCAAGCGACACACUCGGGUCAGGGGGAAAGGGAUGAUGUGUGGGGAGGUUUACAGAUUUUGGGCACAAAGGCUCAUCCCCACCUCGCCAUGUACCAUUUGUCAAGACCAUAAGCACAUCCGCCUUUCCAUGGCCCAGCCACUGUGGUUUUCUGUGCAGUAUUGAUGUGUAUGUGUGUUAGUGUGUGUGUGCACGCACCCUGUGCACUUUAUAAAGAGGUAUCAUUCUCUUUACAUGCGUGCAUUGAUGUGUGGACAUUUUCAUUGGUGCUAAUCACAAGAAAAGUGUGAUGAUGAUCCAAAGUGCUUGCAAGACUAAAUAAAGCUAAGCACUUUACUCAGUAACUCCUCAUUCUGUUUACUCUUGACUGGGGAAGUCAGUCGCGCAUUUGUAUCUGUGAAGUGGGAGUUGUCGUGAUCCCAUUCACAAAGUAAGUUGAAGGAGGCCAACAGAUUGACUCCCAGGGAGCAUUAUUAAAACAAUCGAGUUAAAAACAUUUUUAGACCUUAUGUGUUUUCUCUAACCAAAGUAAUAAAGUUAGAGUAACUUGUAUUUUGCAGUUACUUUCACUAUUUAAAUGACUGUAGAACAUUUAGGUGUGGCAGGUCAGUAGGUUCAAGGUAAUGGAACAGAGAUUCUUCAUGAGCCUCACCACCAAAAUGCAACCUCAGAUUGGACCCUGGCUAAUUAUAGAGCUGAGGGCAGGCACUGGAGUCUGCGGCUCUGGCAGCAGUAUGCUCAGCACAGUGCGUCUAACAAAAACAAGCUCUUAAGAAAAGGCUCUCGAAAAUAAUUUAGAACCAGGUGUUUACUUCUUUAACAUUUAACACAUCAUGUGUAUGAGUGUGUCAUAAGCCUAUCAGCCAUACUUGUUUAUGGAUGGUUUAAUAUGACCAGUACACUGUGUUGCAAAUAAAAUAAGAGGUGUGAAAGUGAUAGUGAUUCAUAUUUUGUGUAAUGUUCCAAAUCAUUUGACAUUGAAAUAAAGUGUUACU